AAAAAGAAUCGUUGAUGUUAAAGCCCACUGAGCCAUCGUAGCUUUUUGUCAUUGAAUGUAAGCCUUCGGGAUUUUUUAUGUGUGGUAAUAACAUGUCAGCGCCGUUGCCAACAAUUGUGCCCGCCGCUUGUAAAGCCACGGCCGCGGUGAUAUUCCUACAUGGACUGGGAGACACAGGACAUGGAUGGGCUCAAGCUAUGGCUGGUAUCAGGACCCCUCAUGUCAAGUACAUUUGCCCCCAUGCGCCUGUCAUGCCAGUCACCCUCAACAUGAACAUGGCAAUGCCUUCUUGGUUUGACAUAAUUAGUCUCAAUCCUAAUGCACAAGAAGAUGAAUCUGGAAUUAAAAGAGCUGCUGAAAACGUCAAAGCACUGAUUGAUCAAGAAGUUAAGAAUGGUAUUCCAUCUCAUAGGAUUGUGCUUGGGGGAUUCUCUCAGUCAGUGAUAAGCAAAAAUAAAGAUAUAUCGGUGCUGCAGUGCCAUGGUGAAGCAGAUCCUUUGGUUCCUCUUAUUUUUGGUCAACUCACUGUAGAGAAACUCAAAAGCAUGCUGAAACCCUCCAAUGUGACUUUCAAAACAUAUUCUGGGAUGACCCACAGUGCAUGUCCUGAGGAAAUGAUGGACAUCAAGCAAUUUAUUGAGAAGCAGCUACCUCCAAUAAAUUCGUAAUGUAUAUUGUUAUUGGCUGUUCAAACAAGGUACUUGUAGCAAAUAAGUACUUUUAAAAAGAGUUGUUGUGAAAUAAUCUAUUUUAAAUAUAUACUUGAGUGUGAGCUGAAUGUAACAUUUUGGACAUUUUGUAUGUUAUUAAAUGCAGUUUAAUGAA